UAUUUCAUCUCGUUUCAGAUGCAUUCAGGAGAAGAGCCAACAUCACCUAGUACAAUUAUAGACUAUGAAUACAAGUCUACACUUCGCAAGGUGGUAUUACGGUACAUCCACAAAAUGAAAUAUGAUAAAAAAGGAGAUGUCGUACGAGACGAUAUAUUUGAUACCAAAGAGGAGAUUGUUGGUUACUUGAUGAAUGUCUUCAACAAGAUUAGCAACCGCAUGGAAAGCAUCGAAAACAGUUUGGUGGGUAUAGAUACGAAACUCGCGAUGGAUGAAUGCAACAAUGGUCUAUUCCAACAGAAUCAGAAUUCCGAUUUCUACAACUUUGACCUCGUGGUCGAUGGCAAGAACUUAUGUGAUAACAACUCGCAAACACAUUCCCCACCGCUCAUUGGGCGAAACCGGCAACCCAAAGAAAAUCUCUCUGACAGUAGACAGUCUUUUACUACCGAAGCUCAAUAUCAUGGUAAUCCGCAAAAGGACUGGUAUGACCGAAGCCUGCGAUUUGGCAGUUCAAAGAGUGACGGCAGGCCAAACAAAACUCAUAAGCAAAUGGACAGUGUCACAGAAAAUGUAAUUUCAAGAUCUGUCCCAUUACACAGUAAAUAUUUUAGUCAUGAGGUAUGAUGGGACUUUUUUUCUGAUAUUUUGGGACUUCAGGAGUCAUCAUUUCCGUUAAAUCUAAGAGCACGAGAAAAAGUAAAGUUUUGAGGAAGUCUUUUAAGGACUUUUGAAAACAUGAAUUGAAAAUUCACUUCUCACCAGAGGCCCGUUUUACAAACCAUGGCGAGUCGAUAGAUCAAUUUGACCAAAAUAAAACGGUCUCUAUGAAAUUGAUCGUUGUCCGAAUUGGCCAAAGGACUGGCCGAGUUUGUCACAUUGAUGUUGAUAUAAACGAGCUAAAACGGGUGUGAAAAAUACAACCUCUGUAAUGAAAUUUCUGUUUGCAUACUCCAGAUUAUUUAAGUGAACACCUAAGAAUAAUUCACUUGUUUCGGUAAUCUGCUGAGGAUAUUUUCACUGUACAGAGACAGAUGUGCAGAGGUAACUUCACACCUAAGAAGGGAGCUACGUUCAGUUAGCUCUUAAUUUGUACGAAACUACGUGAUAUCACUAAAUAUAUUUCACUUAUCUCCUCUCUUAUAUUUAUUCAAAAAUAAUAUUCAAAGAUAUUUCACCAAAUUUCAACAGGUGAUAUCACACUAAAUUUCGCCUAGAACAUUUUUCGUGGAAUAGCAAAGAAAAUUUCCUGUAGUUGCGAACUUUUAGUGAAAAAUUAAUCUACAGAAAUAUCUUCACUUUUGCUUCUUUGCUACAAAAAGUGAUCUCGUAUAUUUCAUGUUACACUUGAAUCGCAUUAAACAAUUAAUAAUAGUUCAUUUAGUUUAAAUAAAAAUUAUAAUAAUAUUAUCAUUAUGUUUAUUAAUAUUAUUAUUAUUAUCAUCAUAAAAAAUAACAAUAACCAUGAUGUUUUCAACCAAUCUACUGCAAGUAAAGUAAUUACCAAUUAGUUCUGAAAUACCAUUCUCAAAACAACUUCCUAGAAUUCACUACGAAAAACACCGAAAAUCUGGAUUUUAUUUCCCAGAAUACGAUUUCUUAAACAUUUUCAGAUCAGUUAAGGAUCUCGUUACUUCUAUUAUUUUAUCUAAAGAAUCACGUCAUUGAUUUAUAUAAGUAGUUAAUUAGAAGAUAUCUUUUUAAACAAUAAUUAAUGCAAAUAUCAAAUUAGUGAAUUUGAAAAUAAUAUCUGGUAACUUAUUAUAUAUAUAUAUAUAUAUAUAUAUAUAUAUAUAUAAGUUCUCUUUAAAUAUUCAUAAUAUAAAAUUUGGGUAUGUUUUGCCAAAGUUUAUUCAAGAUCCUUGUAAGAAGAAAAAUACGAAAAAACUAAGAAAGCAAAAUAUAAGUUCACUUUUGAAAUUAUUCUAAUUCUAAUGCAGAGGCUGGAAGAGAAAGUUUUAAAAUAUUACAUUUGAUUUAUUGGUAUUAAAUCCCUGCUUAAAACCGGGUUUUAAGUUAUUCAUUGGAAACAACAGCAAUAGGAAUUUGCAACAUAAUGGGUUUUUAAAUUGUUAUUGAUUUUUAAAAAUACUUUAUCAUAACCUUUGUUUUAUAUAUUUACACUUUUUUCUUUCAAAUAUACAUAUAUAUAUAUAUACAUAUAUAUAUUUCUUUGUUACACUGUUUUAAUUACUAUAUUUUUUGACCUAUCUUAAAAUAUGAGUUAAUCUGUGUUGUUAUGAAGCCUACAACAGGGGGUAGUUUGGCUGUUUCUCUCCAGCUUUAAUGUGAAAAUUCUCUGUAGAUAUAUAUUUGUUUUACAGACAAAGUGACAGAUGCUAUGUUAAGCUGUAAUCACAUCACCGAUAUACACACUGAACUGAUCCAUUUUUAAAUUAUUUAAAAUUGCAAUAUAUCAUGUGAUUCCAUUUCUACUUUCAUUGUAUAAAAGUUACUGGUUCAACAACAACAGCAGCAAAAACAACCACAACAACAACAAAUAUGGUCCAGUUAUCGUAGGAUCCUUGCCUUUAUUUCUUUAUACAACACAAUUAACACCAAUCAUUUUAUUCCACCAGUUUAUUGUUAUCGUUAUGAUCAUCCAUAUAUUCUUAAGUGCUUUAUUUGAAACUAUAUAAAAUUUAUACAUGAUUAUGAAAUUACGUACGGAUGCACAAACGUCAUUGAAAACAUAUCAGUUAUUGGAGAUAAUGUCAAAAUAAUUAUAUUUCAAACCAGCAUUUUCCUAGAUUAAGAUAAUGACUAGUGCAAGACAAUGAUUCAAAGCGGUUAAAAUAUUUUAUCAAUAAUAUUCAGUUUUAUGGAAUCUUAAAAUAUGUAGCUUCUAUCCUUUUGUUACGAAGAGAUGUCAAAAAUUUCGAAAAAUUUCAAUGGAAUAUUUACAUCCAUAAAAUGGAUUUUUCAUCAGCAGCAGAUGUCUUAAAUAUGGCGAUUAUUAUAGAUAUAAAGGUGGAUAUAGAUUCUUUAAUUCUUAGGUAAUUAUUAUUGUGUGUGUUAUUUGAAUAUUUAAAGAAUUUUAAAAGAAUUCAGAUGAUAAACUAACGACUGUAUUAUUGAAAAUAUUUUAAAUUUCUUCCAGCAAUAUCUUCUUUGAAGCCAUUAUAUAUAUAUAUAUAUAUAUAUAUACAAACAUACAUAUUUACAAAUAGAGAUACACACAUACACAUAUAUUAUCAUAUUUAUAGAUAGAAAUAUAUAUGUACGUAUAUACUAAUAUGUAGCUAGAAAUAUAUAUAGCAUAUGCAUACAUACACACACACAAACACACAUUCACACACACACACAAACAUACACACACACAAUAU